CCAUAUGCUGUGCUCGCACAUGAUAGAAAAUGUCGACAGGGAGGAUACGCAGUUCUUUUGGGAUUUAUGUAGUCGUUGUUCUUUUGGAUUGCUGCUGGCAAGUGGUGACUGGGCAGCUCUCUUACUCUGUAUCAGAGGAGGUAAACCCGGGGACUACUGUGGGAAAUCUCGCUAAAGAUCUAAAUCUUAACGUGCAUGACUUGAGGACGCGUAUGUUUCAGAUUGUGAGCGGAUCACAGAGAAAUUAUUUCGAUAUAAAUUUGAAAACGGGUAGUCUCUAUGUCAGUGAAAGAAUCGACCGUGAGGAGCUUUGCGCAAAAGCUGCAAUAUGUACUGUUAGCGUAGAGGCCGUGAUCAACAAUCCACUGAAGCUUUAUCGUUUAGAUGUAAAUGUAGUCGAUAUUAAUGAUAAUGUGCCACAUUUUCCUGAGAAUUUGCAGUAUCUUAAUAUUGCGGAAAGUACUGUGCCAGGGGGGAAAUUUGGAUUUAUAGGGGCAUCGGAUCUCGACGUUGGAAAGAAUGACGUUAGUUCAUACAAGUUGAGUCCAAAUGAUCACUUUUCUUUAGAGGUCCACAAAGGAAGGGAUAGUGUGUCUGCCGAGCUGGUGCUACAGAAAGCUCUAGACCGAGAAACACAACCUACUGUUAAUCUUACAGUGACUGCUAUCGACAGCGGAAACCCACCCAAGUCAGGAACAUUGCAAAUUAUUAUAAAUGUCUUAGACAUUAAUGACAACGCUCCGGUUUUCAGUAGCGCUUUGUAUAAAACACAGAUUCAUGAAAAUCUACCAAUGGGUAAAACAAUUAUAUUUUUAAAUGCAACAGACGCAGAUGACGGAUUAAAUGCUGAAACUGAAUAUUCUUUUAGAAGUAAAGGUCAGGAUCAUGUUUUAAAUGUAUUUCAAAUAGACUCUAAAACGGGAGCGAUUUCAAUUAAAGGUCAAAUCGAUUACGAAGAAAAUCAUGCAUUUGAGAUUCAUGCUGAGGCCACUGACAAAGGCCAGCCUCCGAUGUCUGCUCAUUGUAAAGUGUUGGUAGAAGUGCUGGAUCUAAAUGACAACGCUCCUGAGAUCAAGGUAACGUCACUACUAAAUACAGUGAACGAAGACGCGGAACUAGGUGCAGCCAUUGCACUUGUCUCGGUUUUGGAUAAAGAUGGUGGGAAUAACGGGGCAGUAAAAGCUGUGAUUGCAAAUGAGACUCCAUUUAAACUGGACACAAACUAUAGAAAUUAUUACUCUUUAGUGGUUACUGGUCCGCUUGACAGAGAAACUACAGACGAGUACAAUAUGGUGGCACUGAAGACCAUGACAUCUAGAUGUUAUUUCUAA